AUGUCGAUCAAGAGCGACUCCUCCAUGAGGAAAGCCCUUUUCUUCAAUAAAGAACCCUUCUCAGCCAAUCAGAGCUUUGUGGCAGAAUCCAGACCUGACUCUGUUCCCAGAGGAAUGUCGAUCAAGAGCGACUCCUCCAUGAGGAAAGCCCUUUUCUUCAAUAAAGAACCCUUCUCAGCCAAUCAGAGCAGUUUUGAAGAGACACGCCCACAGCUUCAGCACAGUGACUGUGAUAGUGGAUUUGUUUUUAAGAAACUCGAGGAAUGCAUUGUAAGUUUUGUGCGAAAUGAGCUGAGAAAGUUACAGCAAGUUCUAAUGGCAGAGGGACCAGAGUCUUUGGCACUCAUGGAGGAUGAUGAUGCAGGAAUUAAAGAGGCCUUUCUGAAAAUCGCACUGAGCUUCCUGAAAAGUUUGGAGCAGGACGAGAUCGCUGACCAUCUGCACAACAGACAAUGUGCUUCCAAAUGUCAACGUGAAAUGAAGUCUGAUCUGCAGCAGAGGUUCAGUCGAGUGUUUGAGGGCGUGGCUAAAGCAGGAGACUCCGCCCCCCUGACCCAGAUCUACACAGAGCUCUACAUCACAGAGGGCGGAGCCUCAGAGGUCAACCAGGAACAUGAGGUCAGACUCAUGGAGACGGCGUCCAGGAGACCGGCCGCUCCAGAGACCAUCACAUGUGAAGAGCUCUUUAAACCCCGCCCACAUUCACCACAGCCAAUCAGGACGGUGCUGACGAAGGGCGUGGCCGGCGUGGGGAAAACAGUGCUGACUCAGAAGUUCAGUCUGGACUGGGCUGAAGGCCGGGCCCACCAGGACCUCCAGCUGCUGUUCCCCUUCACUUUCAGAGAGCUCAAUGUGCUCAGAGACACACAGUUCAGCCUGGUGGAGCUGCUGCACCACUUCUUCAGUCCAUCCAAAGAUCUCAGCAGCUUCCAACAGCUCCAGGUGCUCUUCAUCUUUGACGGUCUGGACGAGUGCAGACUUCCUCUGAACUUCAAACAAGCCCGGGUCCUGAGCGACCCCACAGAGUCCGCCUCAGUGCAAGUGCUGCUGGUGAACCUCAUCAGGGGGAAGCUGCUUCCCUCCGCUCUCCUCUGGAUAACCACGCGCCCCGCCGCGGCCAAUCAGAUCCCUGCUGAGUUCAUCUCCAUGGUGACAGAGGUCAGAGGGUUCACCGACCCCCAGAAGGAGCAGUACUUCAGGAAGAAACUCAGAGUCCAGGCCACAGCCGUCAUCUCCCACAUCAAGAGCAUCCGCAGCCUCCACAUCAUGAGCCACCUGCCGAUCUUCUGCUGGAUCCUCUCCACAGUUCUACAGAAGCUUCUGGAACAAACAAAAGAACCAGAGCUGCCCCGGACUCUCACACAGAUGUACGUCCACUUCCUGGUGGUGCAGGCCAAAGUCCAGAACAUCAAGUAUCACCAGGGAUCAGGGGAGGACCUUCACUGGACUCCAGAGACCAGGGAGAUGGUGAAGUCUCUGGGAAAAGUGGCCUUUGAGCAGCUGCAGAAAGGAAACCUGAUCUUCUACGAGAGUGACCUGAGCGAGUGUGGGCUGGACGCUGCAGCGGCCUCACGGUACUCUGGAGUGUUCACACAGGUCUUUAGAGAGGAGCCAGGUCUGUACAAGGACAAGACCUUCACUGAGUUUGGGGUCAAUCUGCUGACGGUCAAAACACCUUCAGUCUUCUCAGAAGUAUUCAAAAGUAAAUCUAAACUAUCAGGUCUCCACAGCUCUGCAGUGGAUGAGGCCUUACAGAGUCCAAACGGACACCUGGACCUGUUCCUGCGCUUCCUCCUGGGGCUGUCUCUGCCGACCAAUCAGAAGCUGCUGCAGGGUCUGCUGACUCACACAGGAAGUGGCUCAAGGACAAAUCAGAAGACAGUAAAGUACAUCAAACAGAAGCUGAAUGAAAAGGGUCUGUCUGCAGAGAGAAACCUGAACCUGCUCCACUGUCUGAACGAGCUCAAUGACCAAAGUCUGCUGGAGGAGAUACAGAAGAAGAUGAGAGAAGGACAUCUCUCUGAUAGAGACAUGUCUCCUGCUCUGUGGUCGGCCCUGUCCUUCCUCUUACUGUCCUCAGACUCAGACCUGGAGGAGUUUGACCUGAGGAAAUACCAGGCCUCAGAGAACGCUCUCCUGGGUCUGCUGCCGGUGGUCAAAGCCUCCACCAAAGUCCUUCUUUGUGGCUGUGGUCUGUCUCCUCACAGCUGUGCUCCUCUGGCCUCAGUCCUCAGCUCCUCCAGUCUCACACAUCUGGAUCUCACCAACAACGACCUCCAGGACUCAGGAGUGGAGCGGCUGUGUUCUGGACUGAAGAGCGCCCCCUGCAGACUGGAGACGCUCAGUCUGUCUGGAUGUCUGGUGUCAGACGGGGGCGGCGCUGCUCUGGCCUCAGCUCUGAGCUACGGCGUCUUCCACCUCAGGAAGUUAGACCUGAGCUACAACCAUCCAGGACCCUCUGCAAAGCUCCUGACCGCGCUACGGAACCAGCGCCCCCUGCUGUCUGUCAGGUUGGAUCCUGCUGGACAGCGCUGGAUGGUCCCAGGUCUGAGGAAGUACGCCUGUGACGUUUCUCUGGACCCAAACUCAGCUCACAAAUGUCUCCUUCUGUCUGACGACCAUCGCACUGUGACCUGUGUGGACGAGGACCAGGAGUAUCCAGAUCAUGAGGACAGGUUCACAGACCAGACUCAGGUCCUGGGCUCCUCCGGCCUGACGGGGCGCUGUUACUGGGAGGUGGACUGGAGCGGGGCCUGGGGGGUUGACAUAGCAGUGAGUUACAGAGGGAUCAAACGGAGCGGAGAGGAGAGUGGGUUUGAGCUCAGUAAUCAGUCAUGGAGUCUGGAGGUCCAUAAAAGAAAGAGUUCUUUCUAUCGUAAAGGGCAAAAACAAAAACUCUCCUCUCGCAUCUCCUCAAACAGAGUGGGCGUGUUCCUGGACACUGAGGCUGGAGUUCUGUCUUUCUAUCAGGUCCUGUGUGGUGGAAAACUGUUUCACAUCCGCACGUUCUGCUGCUCCUUCACUGAGCCUCUGUUUCCAGGGUUUGGACUGUUUCCUGGUUCUAAAGUGACUCUGAAUGCACAGCACCCUCUAGAGGACAGAUCUGAACACUGA